UGCCCUUCUGACAUUGUCCCCUACUCUACUGACUUACAUUGGCCACUUUUAAGCAUAUACUGUGUACAAUAUAGUGACUGCUUUUGCAGGGGCUAGGUCACAGGGGCAGACUGACAACUCAUGGGGCCCCCGGACAAUAGGGAUCAUGGGGCCCCUGUGUCCUUGCCCAAACUCAAAAAAGCCUAUGGAAAAGGUACCAGGGGCAUUUCAUGGGGCCCCCUACUGACCCCGGGCCCUCGGGCAGUGCCCGAGUUUCCAAAUGAUCAGUCCACCCCUGGGCUAGGAGUAUAA